CACGCGUGUGUCUUAGAUUUUACUUCUGUCUCUGCGAUCACUUAAGGGGAAUUUACUUCACUAGGAACAGAGAUGAAACUCAUUGUGCUAUGCGUUGUGUUCGUCCGGGUUCACGUAGCAUUGUUCGUGGCUGAGGAAGAGAAGCAGGCAACACCAGCCCAUUUCACCUCCCAUCAAACAGAUCUCGGGAAUCAUGAAAAACCUCCAAACGCUGUUGUCCCGGCGACUGGCGGAGUAUCAAGGCUCACAAGCAAAAAACCGCUGGCUGAUCUUGUGUUGAAAGCCCCUCGCUGUUCCAGACUAAAAGAGAGCUGUACUCCUGAUUCACACUCGCGCUGCUGCGACCCUUGUGCCUCCUGCCACUGCCGCUUGUUCAAUACAAUCUGCCGCUGCUGGAAACUGGGUCAUCACUGUCAGAAAAAACCUUAAGACAGAAGCAGAUAUCAAAGUGUGCUGUGGUCUACAGAUGGUUAAGCCAGUUAAAGUAUAUGUUGUAUAUGAUAAUGCAUCAUUUAACAGGUGUAAAUAGUGAAGUAUAAGGCUUGUGCUUACAUUUGUAGAGCGCCUGCAGAAUUUAAUAGAAGAUAAGCCUGUAAUAGGAACUCACAUCACACAUUAACCUCCACUUUGAUGAAAAACACAAGUUAAUCUUCUGUUUGUUCCUUUGUUAUGCGUUUUUUCCAGACUCAGAAGUUAAAACCAGUACAGUAUGUUAAACAGAAUAGAUGCCUAAGAGGUUGGUGUUUAUAAAGAUUUUGUGAUAACAGUUAGUCCAAAUCCAAAAUCUAUGUAGCAUGUGAUCCAGUACAGAGCCAAAAAACCUUUAACUUUUACUGCAGUGUGAACUGUCAGGACACAGAAUAUUUUUUUAUUUAUCCCCUUCGAUAAUUUAGGCCAACAUUUUUUUGAAAAUCCGUGGUUUGUCAGUCAAUAACAUUUCCAGAUGUGCGCUUUGUACUAAGUCGGCAAAAGGGCUACUCGUAUGUUUUUCAUAUCAGACAUCUGACUAAUUUAAAAAGAAGAAAACAAAGCACAACAAGAGAUGACCUGUGACUUCCAAUAGGGAAGAAUAAGAUAUCUUAAAAAGUUUUAACAGCUUCAGUCUGAGACCCUCUGCUGGUUGUACAACCUCCAAUCCUGGUUAAGUCAGAUGAGAUCCAGCGCAAAGGACGUCUCACCAGGUCCAAUGUACAGUAAAACAAUCACCUGGGAGCAGGUGGAUUAAGAGUUGACCAACUGGGCGUAUGAGGUUUAAGCUGAUGAAUUCGAGAUCCCUGGAGCUGAAAAGGGAAAGUCCAUUAACAAGUAAUGCUUCACACAAGGUGGCACCCUGAUACCACUAAGAAACCAGUGAAGAGAUUCACAGG